CGCAGACGGCGGCGGCGGCGGCGAGGCGAGGACAUGGCGCGGGGCCGGCGCGGCGGGCCCGGCUGAGCCGCCGCUGCCCGCGGGGCGGGCGGCCGCGGGCCGCAGCGGCCGCCGCCCCGAUGAGCGGAUGAGGAGCGGGCGCGGCGGCCGGCGGUGCCUGGGCGGGGAACCGGGUGCGUGCACCAUGAACCCCGAGCUGGCGAUGGAGCCGCUGGGCAGCCUGCACGGGGCGGCGGGGCACGAACCGGAGAUGAUGGGCAGCCCCAGCCCUCACCACGGCGGCCGCAGCGCGGGGCCGCUCCGGGUGCCGCCUCCCCCGCCGCCGCCGCCGCCGCCGCCGCACCAGGAGCUGCCCCCCGCCGCCCGGCCCGCCAUGGUGCCCAGCAUGGCCUCGCUGCUGGACGGCGCCGCCGAGUACCGGCCCGAGCUCUCCAUCCCGCUGCACCACGCCAUGAGCGUGCCCUGCGAGGCCUCGCCGCCCGGCAUGGGCAUGAGCGGCACCUACACCACGCUGACGCCGCUCCAGCCCCUGCCGCCCAUCUCCGCCGUCUCCGACAAGUUCCACCACCCGCACGCCCACCCGCACGCCCACCACCACCACCACCACCAGCGCCUGCCGGGCAGCGCCGGCGGCGGCUUCGCGCUCAUGCGGGACGAGCGCGGGCUGCCGGCCGUCAACAGCCUCUACGGGCCCUACAAGGAGGUGCCGGCCGUGGGGCAGAGCCUCUCGCCGCUGGGCAACGGGCUGGGCCCGCUCCCUGGCUCCCAGCAGGGCCUGCACGGCUACGGGCCGCCGGGCCACGACAAGAUGCUGAGCCCCAACUUCGAGGCGCACGCGGCGAUGCUGGCGCGGGGCGAGCAGCACCUGCCCCGGGGGCUGGGGACGCCCCCGGCCAUGCUGCCGCCCCUGAACGGCGCGCACCACCCCGCGCCCCCCGGGCCGCCGCCGCCGCACGGCCCCGCGCUGCCCGCCGGCCGGGAGCGGCCGCCCCCCGCCGCCGGCCCGCAGGGGAGCGGCGCGGGGCAGCUCGAGGAGAUCAACACCAAGGAGGUGGCACAAAGGAUCACGGCGGAGCUGAAGCGCUACAGCAUCCCGCAGGCCAUCUUCGCCCAGCGAGUGCUGUGCCGCUCCCAGGGGACCCUCUCGGACUUGCUGCGGAACCCCAAGCCUUGGAGUAAACUCAAGUCCGGCCGGGAGACGUUCCGCAGGAUGUGGAAGUGGCUGCAGGAGCCGGAGUUCCAGAGGAUGUCUGCCCUGCGGCUAGCCGCCUGCAAACGCAAAGAGCAAGAGCCCAACAAAGAGCGGAACAACUCCCAGAAGAAAUCCCGCCUGGUUUUCACGGACCUCCAGCGCCGAACGCUUUUCGCCAUCUUCAAGGAGAACAAGCGUCCCUCCAAAGAAAUGCAGAUCACCAUCUCCCAGCAGCUGGGCCUGGAGCUCACCACCGUCAGCAACUUCUUCAUGAACGCCCGCCGGCGCAGCCUGGAGAAGUGGCAGGACGACCUGAGCUCCGGGGGCUCCUCGUCGGCCCCCAGCAGCUGCACCAAGGCGUGAGGGGAGCGCGGCUCCGCGGCACGGCCCUCGCUGGAGACUAAAGCACAAUCCCCGCAGCCAAGCCCAGCCAGCCGGUCCCCAGGACGUUCCUACGGCUUCCCGGCAGUUUAGCAGGCUCCACGUCACCCUCUCUCCACACAAUCCUUUGCUCAGGACAGGCGAGGCAGGUCUGAAACGCAGGGAGUCGUUCUUGAGGCAGGUUUCUCCUGAGCCCCGGGUUCCCGUGCCCGGCAGCCUCCCGUGCCCGGUGCCUGCCGUGUGCUGGCCACACCACCCUGCGGCCACGCCACAACGGAGCACAGAGUCGGAUACUGACAACCCAAGACCCUGUUUUUAAACUCAGGCAUGGUUUUUUGUUAAGUGUUUUAAGGGAAAAAAAAAUCAGAUUCAGGGUUUUUUUGGUUGUUUUUUUAGUUUAGUUGAAUCAGCUCAUUCUCGGAUCAGAAAAGUGCGGUUCUCUUGAGCUCGAAGUAUCAAGCACAAGGCUGGUAGCUGCAGCCACGUCCGGCCCUGGGCUGCCAGAGUGGCUGUGCCAGCUGCAGCCUGACAUCCCGGGAACACCGCGCGAGCCUCAAGCACAGCUGGCAGUUCCUCACAAGCUCUGUGUUUGUACCUAAUGCACACUCAGGAGGCCGAUGGAACUGCUACAGUUCAUGGAGCAAACACAAUGUUUUGGAUGACUUCGAUUAAUUUGCAUUAUUACAUCCUUUUUAGUUUUUGGGAAUCUGGUUUCUCCUCGGCAACGGCUGUUACCAAAACCUUUUUACCGUUCAGUGCAUUUUUGUUCCUUUUAUCAGUAUUUUAUGGUACUUUCAAGCAGGAAAAGAAACAGAGACAAGCCCUUCAGCGUUUCAGAUGUGCCGCGUGUAGCUCUACCGCAUCCCCAAGUUCCUUUUCCCUGCCGGCUCCCCGGGCCGGCGGGAACACAGCACACCAAAGAGACAGGAUUUCUGCAAGCCAAAGAUGUUUGUACCUUGCCAUUCUCCUCGCGGGUGCUUGGCUGGCGCUGGGGGCUGGCCAGCCCUCUCUGGGCUCCGCGCAGCGGGGCCGCCCCGGCGGCGGCACGGCCGCGGCCGCGCUCCGCCACAGACACUUGAGACUUUUUAUAUGUACUGCUUAAUCGAAACCAAAGAAACGUUUUCUGCACCUACUUCUUCUGCAACAAACUGUUCCAUUGAAAGAUAAAAUAGAAAAAUUUUAAAAAACCAAGGAAGCAUGUCAGGAAGCAAACGAGUCCCACACUGUGUUCUACGAACAUCUCGGACGUUUUCGGAAGCGGAUCUCAAAGAAAGGGUUGACAAGAAUGAGAACAAAGCAAAGCCAGUACAAUUGCUGCUUCAUUUGACAACUCAAGUCCUCUUAAAGUUGAAGAUUGUCUUUAAUUUGUGCCUAUGCAGUUUUUUCAAAAGAACAAGGAACAGAGCAACCAAAACCUCAACAGCUACCAUACCAAAGAUGAGGAUUCUCACAACUUGUGUUUCAGUUUGUUUCUCCUCUUGCACGACUAAUGCACAUAACCCCACUGAUCUCUGGACAGGUAACCACUCGUGAGUCUUGGUGCAGCCAGAAGGGUGGGUUCCUUUGUGUUUUCCCUGUUUCUGCCCCACUCAGCAUCUCCCUGGGAGCUGCACGGGCUCCGAGUGCAGGGUGUUGGGGUGCUGCCCUGCUGCAUCUCCUCCCUCCAGGAAGCACUUGUGGGCUGGCUGUGACCUGUGUGCUGGUCUCCUGUGUGUCUGGAGCUGUGAGCAGCCACCCUCCUGUACGUGACCUCCACCCCUCUUUCUCCUCCCCAGGGUGAGACUUGCAAUAUGUGUGUUCCCCUCUCUGUCACUGUGAGUGCUGAGCAGCACCACAGCCCGGCUCCAAACCUCCACUGAACCGAGCCCGAGUAUUCAGCAGCUCCUGGGGCAGCUCAGGAGUGCUUCUGACAUAUUAGCCUGUAAUGCUGUUUGACCCAGGUCAUGGUGAUCCAGAUCAUGACAUGUCCAAUUUAUCCCCAGAGCCGGAGUGUGUUUGCUCCUCUCUGCCUUCAAACAAGGGCUUCACUUUAACUGCUUCACAGAACUGCUGCAGUCACUUUCCAAUGGCUGCGCUUAAAAUAGAAAAAAAUCCAGAAGCCAUGUCUGCUCAGGACAGGAAAAGUUUCUGGAAAGCAAAUUCAGGAUCCCCAUAGCUAAACUGACAGCACGUGCCUGCUCUGGGGAUCAGAGGGUCCUUUGGCAGAUUCCAAAGAGAUUUGGAGAAUCCUUGUAGCCAGACAUGGAACAAACUUGCAAAAAGUAUGGUCCCAAUCUCUCCUGAUGUGUCCUGAGGGCUCUUCACCCCAGUGCCAGAUGUUUGAGUGCAGAGUUUGGAGCCAGCAGGCUGUGGAGCAGGCUCAGCUGAAGUUUCACUGUCAUUCCCACCCAAGUGUCCAUCAGACCAGCCCUGGUGCAUCUUGAACUCGGCAGUGCCCUCAGGGGAGCUGUCUCAUCCUGGAAUUGUCCCCCUGCAGUGGCAGGGGGUGGCACAGGAGCAGUGAAACCCCAGAGCUCCCUCCUGCAGUGAGAGGGCAGGGAAGUGCACUGUGUCCCACAGGGAACGAGCCCAGGCGUGUGGGACACCUCACCUGGGGACACCCACCUGGGGACACCUCACCUGGGGACACCCACCUGGGGACACCCACCUGGGGACACCUCACCUGGGGACACCCACCUGGGGACACCCACCUGGCCACAGCUCUGCCUCCCACCUCCCCAGAGGCAGGGGGGAGCUGCCAGAAGCCUGGGAGCAAAGGUCUGGGCUUUUUGCCCUGCUCAGAGCUCCUCCAACAGCCCCAGCAAAGGGAGCUUGGAUCAGGCGCUGAGUUACAAAUUUCAAUGAAAUUCUCCCCAGGCUGAGGCAGUGCCGCAUUCCAGAGUAACAACACAAACGAGGCUGCUCUGGGCUGGGGCCUCCAAGCUACCAAGAGUCCCAAUCCAUUCUCAGCCCAAGAUCCUGCUGCGUUCUUCAUCCCCGCAUCUCUCCCGGCCCCCGUGACGUCUUCCAUUUCACUGUUGGCUUUUAUGGGCAGCUCCCUGAGAGGAGGGGCUGUGUGAGUGUUGGAGAGGCUGUGCUUGCUGUCCCAGCUCCUGCUGAGUGCCCAGAGCCGUGUGUGUCACCUGCUUUAUUUACUGCGCUGCCAGAGACUCGUGUGUGCAGAGAGCAUCCCAGCACAGCAGCCCGGAGCCACAGCCUGGCCGCAGCGGCAUGAAUUCGGCUUUGGAAGCUCGCCGGAGGAUGUGCUCAGUGACUUGUCGCGGAUUCCCGAGGAUGCCUCUGGCUGCAGCCGAGCCCAGAGAGCCGCGGGAGGCCGCGGGCGGGCAGGGCUGCUGUCCGGAGGAGCCGCCUCCCUCGGACGCGGCUUCCCUGCUGCCCGCGGCUCCCGAGCGUUUCCACGGGGCGGGGGAACUUUCUACUUGGCCUCCUUCAUAUUUCUGAUGGGGAGUUUUUAUUGGUUACGUUUUUUAAGAAGGCAAAGCUUGAAAUGUUUUUGUUUUUUUUUUUCCAGACACCUGUGGGUUUUAACUCGAUAUAUUGUCUAUCAAUAAUGUAAUUUAUUUAAUUUAGUCUUAGGGCAGGUCCUGAGAUCUCUGUUCAGCCUGGAUCCCGUUGUGUUUCGGUUUAGCUUUUGAAUUCAGUGGGAGCUUUGCCUGAAUGUAGAUGGGGGUCAGGCGCUGAUGUUAGCUACUUGUAUCUAUUUAAUUCAGCCAUUUGGGAGUAAGUUUGCUUAUUUAUCCGUGGGACUGCAUCGGGGAUGCAGAGCCUGUUAGUAAAUACACCUCAGAGCUGGGACUGCUGCGUAGAGCAGCCAGCUCCUGUCAGACAGGGGAAGAACUACUCUUUCCACAAAACAGAAGUCUAGUUUUAAUUCCUUCUUUUAAUUCAUUUUAAUUGUUUAAAUUAUUUAAGUUAAUCUCUUCCCUCCUGAUUAGAAAGUGUGACAUAGCUUUAUUAUGGCACAUGAAGCCUUCAUAAUAUAACUUAUUUAUUUAACUUAUUCAUCGUCACCCGGGGAUGCCCUUGUAGAGUUUUUAUUUUUUAAUUAGAGUUAUCUAUAAAGCACUACAGCUGAUUUCCUGUAAGAACAGCAGAGCGAACUUUGAGGACAAGCAAUGAAUAUUUAACCUAAAACUGUGUGUCCAGAAAAAUAGGAAACAAAAAAAAAAAAGACACUGGGAUACUUUGCCUGAACUUUGUGGCUUCUUAAAACUUAAGCUGGGGGGAAAAUAACCCAUGCCAAGCAAAAAGAGAGAAACCCUUAAAGUAGCUGCUUCCAAGAAUGAACUUCUGUGUGUGGAAAAAAAAAAAGAAAAAGGAAAAAAAGAAAAAGGAAAAAAAGAAAAAGGAAAAAAAAAAAGAAAAAGGAAAAAAAGAAAAAGGAAAAAAAAAAAGAAAAAAUAAAAAAAAAAGAAAAAAGAAAAAAACCCAGAAAAAACCUUUCUAUUUCUAGUGAGAACCAAAGAGGCUACCUCACUGACUUUUCCAUUUGUAAUUUUAUCGUGUUGAUGAUACCAAAGAUACCAAAGAUUUCCUGCUCGGCGGUCUGCCUCCUGCCCGUGCCCCCCGAUGCCCCGCUGCUCUCUGCCCGUGCCCUUGCCGUGCUCCUUCCGUGCUGCGGGUCCUCGGGCGCUCCGCAGCAGCAAUUAGCAUCGCUAAUUAUCCUUGUUCUCGCGCGGAGCGGGCCGUGCCCAGCCAGGGCUGCUGCCUCUGCUCACCUUCGGUUGUGUUUACAAUUACCGUUUGCAGAUAAAAAUCAAUUAAUUACUUUUCUCGAGCUAGCAAUGAAGUGAGGCUGCAUUAAGCUCCAUUAGCAUCACGUUCCUCAGUGAUUACUUGCAAGCUGCUUGUUCGGGCAAUUAGCGGUGCCCUUUGGCACCGGGGCUUGGAGCGGGCUCUGUGCUGUCUGCGGGGCUGAGGCAAUGCUCCGAGGGGCACUGCCCAGCCCUGGGCACUGCCCCGAGCCCUGGGCACUGCCCCGAGCCCAGCCCUGGGCACUGCCCAGCCCUGGGCACUGCCCCGAGCCCUGGGUACUGCCCCGAGCCCUGGGUACUGCCCUCUGCCCUGAGCCCAGCCCUGGGCACUGCUUGCUGCCCCAAGCCCAGCCCUGGGCACUGCUCUGAGCCCUGGGCACUGCCCUGAGCCCUGGGUACUGCCCCGAGCCCAGCCCUGGGCACUGCCCCGAGCCCUGGGUACUGCCCCGAGCCCUGAGCCCAGCCCUGGGCACUGCCCCCAGCCCUGGGCACUGCCCUGAGCCCUGAGCCCAGCCCUGGGCACUGCCCCCAGCCCUGGGCACUGCCCUGAGCCCUGAGCCCAGCCCUGGGCACUGCUUGCUGCCCCAAGCCCAGCCCUGGGCACUGCUCUGAGCCCUGGGCACUGCCCUGAGCCCUGGGUACUGCCCCGAGCCCAGCCCUGGGCACUGCCCUGACCCCUGGGCACUGCCCUGAGCCCUGAGCCCAGCCCUGGGCACUGCCCCGAGCCCUGGGCACUGCCCUGAGCCCUGAGCCCAGCCCUGGGCACUGCCCUGAGCCCUGGGCACUGCCCCGAGCCCUGGGUACUGCCCUGAGCCCUGGGCACUGCCCCGAGCCCUGGGUACUGCCCCGAGCCCUGGGUACUGCCCUCUGCCCUGAGCCCAGCCCUGGGCACUGCUUGCUGCCCCAAGCCCAGCCCUGGGCACUGCUCUGAGCCCUGGGCACUGCCCUGAGCCCUGGGUACUGCCCUGAGCCCAGCCCUGGGCACUGCCCCCAGCCCUGGGCACUGCCCUGACCCCUGGGCACUGCCCUCUGCCCCGAGCCCAGCCCUGGGCACUGCCCCGAGCCCUGGGCACUGCCCUGAGCCCUGAGCCCAGCCUGGGCACUGCCCCCAGCCCUGGGCACUGCCCCCAGCCUGGGCACUGCCCUGAGCCCUGAGCCCAGCCCUGGGCACUGCCCCCAGCCCUGGGCACUGCCCCCAGCCCUGGGCACUGCCCUGAGCCCUGAGCCCAGCCCUGGGCACUGCCCCCAGCCCUGGGCACUGCCCCCAGCCCUGGGCACUGCCCUGAGCCCAGCCCUGAGCCCUGAGCCCAGCCCUGGGCACUGCCCCCAGCCUGGGUACUGCCCUGAGCCCUGGGUACUGCCCUGAGCCCUGGGUACUGCUGUGAGCCCUGGGCACUGCCCCCAGCCCUGGGCACUGCCCCCAGCCUGGGCACUGCCCUGAGCCCUGGGCACUGCCCUGAGCCCUGGGCACUGCUCUGAGCCCUGGGCACUGCUCUGAGCCCUGGGCACUGCUGUGAGCCCUGGGCACUGCCCCCAGCCCUGGGCACUGCCCCCAGCCUGGGCACUGCCCUGAGCCCCAAGCCCAGCCCAAACCCUGAUCCCCUUCCCUGGGGGAUGUGCCUGGGCCGUGCCCUCGCCUUCCCGGAGGUCACCCACACAAACGCUCCGCUGGAAUCGAGUGCUGCCUUUUAUUUCGUGUUUCUUUGGGGCUUUGAGUCUGUGUUGGUAGGACUUGCCAAGUGUGCUUCUCCCUGUCUCUGUGUUCCCUCACUACAAAGCUAUAACAAUUCUCAGGAUGCCUUCUGGCGGGGGUGGCCGCUGUCCCCUGCCCCCGGACACAGACAGUCCCCAGAGCUGGCAGGGUCCCCGCGGCCCCCCGACCCCUGCUUCACUUGCAAAGAGUGACGUUACCACGGGACGAGUGCCUUGCUUGAACCAAAGCAACGAUUUUGCCAGUCUAGACCUCUCUGUGCUUUUUUUUUUUAUUCUUCCUGUGAAUACCUCAGCUUUGACUGGGCCGCCGAAUCGUACCUGGCGGGCUUUUGUACUGUGGUGCUUUGCAAUGCAGCCCUGCAAAGGACAGACUCCUGAUGAUACCAAAGGCUCUCCUCCUCCUCCUCCUCCUCCCCCUGUCCCUGAUCUCUCUUUCUCCAUGGUUCCAAAGCUUUAUGACGAGCUGGGCAUGUUGGCAACGCAGACCGUGCAAUCCCUCCCCGAAUUCUCUCAGAUAUACCUCAUAGAGAAUAGCUGUUUAGCGUAAUGUUACUAUAGCGUAUGUAAGAAAUUAUUCACUGUUUCUUUUGGGUAACUGUGAUUUAAAAGGAAAAAAAAAAAAACCAAAAAACAGAAGAAGAAGCUUUAUAUGUUUUAGGUUGUGCUUUUGUACUAGACGGAGAAGGUGCGCUUAAAAAUGUACGUCAGUCUUUCUUCCCAUUGGGGUUUUUUUGUUAUUAUGGAUGGGGGAAAAGUUGCAGAAUGAGCCCAAAGUUUACAGUUUCAUAUUUUGCUGAAGAAACAAUCUGUGUUCAUUUGCUCUGUUGGAGAAAAAAGAAAAAAAAGAAAAAAAAGAGGAAAAAACUUAUUUUCUACAUUUGUGCUACUUGGUCUGAAGAGCUGAUUGUCCUGUGUGACGGUGUAGUAUUAUAAUUAUAAUUAUAAUUAGCAACUGCCAAUCAGCGCUCCCAUGUUUAUGCAUGAGGCAAACCCUUAGCAGUGUGAUGCAUCGUGGUUCUUAAUGGCAACUUCUUCCUUUGGGUUUGGGACAGGUCUUUGGCUUGGUGGUGUUUAUUUAUGCAUGGAGCCUGUUAGCUGUUCGCACUCGUGUUUGCAUUUGCGCUGGGAAAUCCCGGCCGGUCCCGCCCCACGCAGCUCAGCUCUGCCCAGGGCGGCUGUCCCGCUCAGCUCUGGGCUGUGCCCGUGUCACACAGACCCAAAUUCCAGUGAAAUUGCCAUCUGAGGAGAAGCUGGGCCCCCUGGCACUGGAUUCCUUCCGUUCCAAUCCACGUCCUGCUCCUCGGAGGCUGCCGUGCUCCUUCCCAGGAGCAGGAGCUCCUUUGGCUUUAUGGCAGCCCCCCCUGCCCUGGGCCAGGUUUGUUAGGGUGCUUUAUCUAUCCCCUUUUGCUUUGUCCACAUGUGAGCCCCUGUUCAAGGAUGGGUUUGUUUUCUUCAGAGCGCCGUGUCCCCCGAUCCCAGGCCGUGCUGGACGUAAAGCCAAGCCCACUGCUCCAUCCCCUGGAAGGGGGCCUGGGCAGGGGCAGUGGCAGUCUCCUGGGGAGGCCCCAGCGGUGCCAUCGUGUGUCUCUGAGGGUCUCUUAGAGAUGUGCUCUCCUUAGUGCAGGAGGGUUUUCACUUGGCAGGUUGUGGUACCAGCGAAAGCUGUGUUGGGUUAUUUUCUCUCCCGAUUUCUCUGCCAAAGACAGUGACAGGCACCACCAGAACUUUACCCAGGGGUUGUGUCAGACAGUUGAUGAUUGUAACAGUGGUUAACCUUGCAGCAAGCUUUCCAGGCUCCUCCGCAGUAGGCAGAGCGGGACGUGCCGGCAGAGCCCUGCUGGCAGUGCCACCACUGCUCAGCCACAUUGUCACCCCUGCAUCCCUCAGCCCAGAGGCCACCAGGGCUGGGUGAGGCCACGGCGGGGCUGCCCGAGCUGCUCCAGCUGCCUGCAAUUUGCCAAGGUACUUGUAUUAUGAAAUUUAAGGUCUAUUUUAUUAUGUCAUUUUAUGUCAUUUUUUAACGUUGUGGAAGGUGGUAUGUUGAACUGAGUGUAAGCUGAGUUUUUCAGACAAAUAAAGUAGCUAAAGAGUGAAUGUUAUUUUAUCAUUAAAGGGUUUUUACUCACUGAUUUGUGCCAAUAGAUGUCCUUUAUCUCGAUGACAAGUAUUACAUUGCUUUCAAAGUUUUAUUUAUAGCUAUUGAUGUAAAACCCACACACACAUAUUAUUUGCCAAAGUUCAAUAAAGGAGGAAAACACUG